AUGAGGCAGGAUGGAAGAGAUGAAGGGUCGGAUAGUGAGGAUGAUGACCCAGUGUGCCCCCCGAUACACUUCACCGCCGCUGAGGAGAGAAGGUUCUGCAGGCAAUAUAGAUCUGCCCUAGUGGUGAAAGUGUUGAGGAGAUCGGUCUCGUAUACCGGGAUUGCAACUAGGUUGAAUGCUAUAUGGGCAAAGGCGGGGUCUAUCCAAGUGGCGUCGGCAAAGAAUGGCUAUUAUCUUGUACGUUUCACCAGCGGCCUUGAUUAUGAACGAGCCACUACAGGAGGUCCGUGGACGAUGGGUGACCACUAUCUUACGGUGCAUAUGUGGGAUAAGAGCUUUAACCCUUACCGCCAUGAAAUACUUUCUACAAUGGUUUGGGCUCGUCUACUUGAUCUACCGGCGCACUACUUCCACCCGGAAGCAGUGAUGAAGAUAGGUAAACGUAUUGGGAAGCCGAUCCGAGUAGAUCACGCGACAAGUACGGGAGCUAGAUUGGACUAUGCGAGAAUAUGUGUUCAGGUGGACCUGACUAAGCCCCUUUUGUCUCAGUUCAGGAUUCACGGAAUUAAGUACUUCAUUCAGUACGAAAUCGGAGAAGCGGAUCCAAACAGUUCGAAUAACUUUCCCAAGUCCCAACUCUCAGGCGGUAUAUACAAGAACAGCCAAGUCAUUUUGAUUAGCAUGACAAAGCAUUCUCAUUCUCCCCUAAGUUGUUGUCUAUUUUUACGAAAAUUUCUUAAGAAAUUACUUUGUCCUUUUGACUUGGUCACCCUGUUCAUUAGUGCCGGAGGUGAAUUGUGGUUGCGGCGGCGGGUAAUGGCAGCACGCAGCAGCGAAUGGUGGCGACUGGAUAUAUUUUUAUGCUAG